AUGUCAGGCAUGUCAUUGGUUGCAAUUCCAUGGCUAUCUUGGUUUCUCAUCUUGAUAUAUAGAUGCAUUAGACCUAUUAAUGUUCAAUUUGAUGAACAUCAUACAAACAAUUAUGGUAAUACUGGUGCAAUUUGGACACCAAAAUCUCCACAAACAGCUGCUACUGCUGUUAGAAGCCCUCGUGGUACAAAAUCCCCUUCUCAUUCCCCUGUUGGUGGUGGCGGUGAGGAGUGUCGGGUUCAAUUUGGCACAGUUGUGGAGAUGGGAGAUGAAUUUGGUGGCGGCAGCGAGGAAUAA